AUGCAACCAACGGAUCUCAUCACCGCCCCAAUCAGGCAAAAGAAUUUGUUCGGGAAAACCCGGUUUGGUGAUUGGUGGCACCAAGUACCUAUUCGUAAUAUCGAGGUGUUGGAAGUAUGGUUCCAUGUUACUAUAUCACCAAUGUAUGGUCACUGGUAG